CCCCGUAAAUUCCCGUUUUAGCGGAGUAAAAUGAGUACUAUACUAAUAAGGCCUCUCCUAUGCCCAACUCCCUCUAAAUUCAGCCAUGGUUUCGGCAUACCAUUGCUGAAUUCUACCUCAUUCAGCAGUAGAGCUUCUUUCCAGUGUCGUUGCAGCAAACACCAAGGCACCCAAAAAGGCACUGAGGGGUUCUCAGUCCUAGAAUCAGACACUUCAUGUGAUGUUGGGAGUAUAUGGAGCUCUAUGGGUUUUUAUGUGUUCAGUAUCCACAUUCCUUUGAGCUUUGGUGGUUUAUCUGUGGCUGCCAAGGUAUUGCAUCAAGCUGUUCUUGAUCCCCAGAUUCAGGCAUUUUUUAUGCUUGCAAUUCAAACUUUGGAGCUCAGUAUAGUUUUGCUUCUAUUUAAGUUUCCUGGAAAGCCUCAGCAUAGACUUUUAGACUUCUUUCAAGUUAACAAGGCAUCGAAUGGAAGGAGCUGGUUGCUGGGUUCACUGUUUGGGUUUGGAUUUCUUGUUUCAUUGGUUUUCGUUUCUUCAAUUCUUGCUGACAGAUUGAUAGGGCCCAAGGACGUCAACAAUCCCUUUCUCAAGGAAAUUCUUUCGACUGGAUCAAGCUCUACAAUGGCCUGCAUUCUUGUCUAUUGCAAUGUCACUCCCUUAUUGGAAGAAGUUGUCUACAGAGGUUUUCUAUUGACGUCGCUUGCCUCCACAAUGAAGUGGCACCAAGCAGUUGCAAUAAGCUCUCUCGUCUUCAGUGCAGCGCAUUUCUCUGGUGAGAAUUUCGUACAACUUUUCAUUGUUGGUUAUGUGCUCGGAUGCACUUACUGUUGGACAGGGAACCUAAGUUCGUCUAUCCUUACUCAUUCACUGUACAAUGCCCUGACCCUGUGUUUAACGUUUAUAUCAUAAACGUUAUUCGUUAUUUUUAAGUUUGUGCUUCAGAUGUUAAAGGGUCAAUGAGAUUCGUCGAGGACAUAGUGUCCGAUCAUAUAUUUUACUCUACUUCACAUGAGUGAAAUCGAGUUGGAUAAAUAAAAAUGAAGUGGACUCCGCUUGAGUGAUUUUGACUAA